GCAUCCCCGUUCACUGCGCUCAAGCUAUCAGCGAGGGAGAAUUAAAGCCCCUGGAAGAAUAUAUGACGCUACAUUGGGACAAUAAGGACAUAUAAUGGGAGCAUAACAAACCCAAACGGAACCAUUAUAAACAGGCAUUCUGGGAUGGAGCAGUUUUACACUGUGAGCAGUCUAACAUCCAAGGCGACAACGGGACUGGAAGGAGGAUGUCUCCUAAUGUAAGACAACCAGGCUCAACAUCUACAGCCCAAACGCUGGGAAUGUGAAACGAACACAGGCAGGAAUGAAGCCGGCGGGAGAUGGUGAAAUUUGCGGUUGAGUGCGCCCUCUUGGAGGAGACCUCCUCGGCUAUUUCCACGUUUCCUAAACGUGUAUGUCGCCCACUGCACGGUACUCUCUCUGGCCUCUGAGCUGCUGCGUGGAAACGGACACAGACCACCUUUUUAUAUUAGUAAUGCUUUGCAGCGCUGUUAAUAGGCUAAAUUGAAAACCUAUGUAUGCGUUCAUUAUCGGUUAUUGAUCGUAUGAGCGUAUAACAUUCACUGAGACUGGGAAGCUAAACUAUAGAUUUAAGCCCAUGUGAUCCCUGUGUUGGUGCCAUGAUAAACAUCUAAUACUAAAUGUAAAUUAAAGCUAAAACAAACCACGGAAUACAGCUGACAUUAGACUUCGGCCUCAGGGUUUUUACAAGCUAUCGAUACUCGUCAAAGUGCAUGCAAAUGUGAUUUCUCCCCCCUUGGCGGAAUCAUUCACUGGAAUGAUACUUGUUUCCCUCAGCUGCUUCGCCUGUAGAGACUUGCUAUGACAGGCUGGCAAGUCCACAUAAAUCCAAGAGCAAGUUGAUGAACUAGACCGGGCGGCCUCGGCGGUGGGAUCAGACAGAAAUUAAGCUGUGUCUCUCAGACAGCGGAAACUAGGAUCAUCUCCCGUCCUUGCGUUGGCAGAGCACCGCAGCCUGAAACGGAACAUUCCUCUCGGGUAUUUUGUCGGAUGUUACACAGAACUUCAAGCUGAGCUGUAAAUAUUUUCACGCUGUGGCAACAGUUGAAGUUUAAAGAGCAGCUCCUUUAGAACUCAACACCUCCCUGUACCCGGGGUUUCUUCAGGUUAAAUUCCCAAGUUCGUGUGAGUUGUUGUGGUUUUUUUUUUUUUUUUUUUUCUCAUGUUGAAAUCCAGAAUUCUGCAAAUACCAGAAAUGGCCUCAUCUCUGAAAAAAGCCCUUCCCAAAGGUUUCAAACAUGAGGUUUUAUCCAGUGGGAAAAAUGCAGCUGGGGUGUUUUACUGGUAAACCUCCACAGCAGCUGUUAGUCAGACUGGAUGUCUGAAAGAUGAGACUUGGACAUUAGCAUACUUGUAGGUUUGCCAACACCCUUCCAAGGAAAUGCAAUGCAUUGAUUUUUCUGCAUUGCCCACAUUGUAAAUAACCCUGUGAAUAUAUUCUGCGAGACUUUGAUUCCAGCAAGUUCUAUGCCAUCAUUGAUCAGUAUCAGCUGUCUUUAUGGACCUUGAUAUUAUUGUGACAUCCCCGAUGGGUUCCCCCCACCCCCUCCUUGAACCGUAUGCUUUCCACAGGUGCACUGUGUGACUGCUGAGAUGCUGAAAGACAGUGAACACAUGUUCUUCUGCACACAUCUUUUCCUGCUUAUGCCGAACCUCUGAGCAUGUGCAAAGGAAAAAGGAACCAGGCAUGAGACUGCACAGACUGGGGAGAUGUGUCAGAGGGAACGCGGGAGGAAUUAUGAGUGGCACUAUGGAAGACAUGGUGCAGAGUGCUACAGGCUUAAAGUCUACAAGAGACAGAAUUAUGAGCCUUUGCUGUGAGAAAAUUGUUUUCUCCUCUCAGAGACCAACUGCUGCAUUGGAAUCAGCGCUCCACACAUCAAAUUACUAUUUGAAUUGAGAAUUUCUUCCUGUGCACUGUAGGAAAAUCCACCCUGAUCUGCAUACUUGGCCACUGCAAGUUAGACUCAUUUUUGAGUACCCUUAUCUUUGAUUCCCUGUUGCUGUGUUUUUCAUUUGUUUUUACACAAACGCCCUCGGAGCUCUUUUGCAGGAGGAAAUUCUUCCUAUUCGAAGCAUGAAACUUGUAAACAAGAAGUUUACAGCAAAUAGAAACACAUGAUAAGGCUUGCUGGUGUAGUCAAAACAACCCCCUUAGUAUCCUCCCAAUCAGUGUGUCUCACUGAAUACAACUGUGGAUCCCUUGUCAACUUUUGUGCUCCAGGGGCAAACAAAACAAGCAGAUCUCUCUAUCAGAGUGCAUUCAGAGACUAAUUUCCUAUCGCUGUGGCGAUGGGGAGCUCAGCCUCGUCUCUCACUGCAGAGACUGAGUCGGACCAUGGCUUCCGCAGCACCCCCUAUCCAUCGUCACCCCCUGUGGGCUGGCUCAGGAACAGCCACAGCAGCCCGGUGUGGGGCACCACCUUCAUCACACGUCAGCAGCAGCACCCACUGCCUCAUCGAGAGCGCAGCCACUCUCACUCUCCUGGCUCCAUGGCAGCAGCAGUGCGAGGCAGUGAGUGGUCAUGUGGACGCUGCACCUUCUUAAAUGCCGGCGCAGCACCUCGCUGUUCCAUUUGUGAGGCACCACGCCAGAAACCUGACCUUAACCAGAUCUUGCGGCUGAGCAGCACCGAGGAGCAUCGCUGGGCCUGUCCUCGCUGUACCCUCAACAAUCCCCAGGGAUCUGGAGCCUGCUCUGUCUGCGGCUUUGGGCCAUCUCCUGCCACUCACACGCCUCCUACCACCACCAUAGCCGCCACUGCCAACGGCCUCCCGUCUGCUCCGACUGAACCUCCAACACCCACCCUCACGCCCACAGUUCUGCUUGAGCCCCAUGGACAGCAUCCAGCUAAGGAGGAAGUGCUGCGACGGUCUGAGAGCAAUGGAGAGGUGAGCAGCCUGGAGGGGCAGCACUCAGGGUGGGCUUGCCCUCGCUGCACACUGCACAACACACCCGUGGCUCUGUCAUGCUCUGCCUGUGGUGGGCCAAGGAAACUGUCUUUGCCUAAAAUCCCCCCUGAGGCACUGGUGGUGCCUGAGGUACGCACGCCUGUGCUAGGAUUUCCUGUCCACACAGCAGGGGCUGCCCCACUUCUCAUAGACCUAACAGAUGACUCUCCCCCAGCCCCUCCUUGCGAUCCUCAAGAACCUCCCCAUGUCUCCUCCCCCUUUACUUCUUUCUCCUCCCUCCAGAACAAUCCUGUGCCCCGCAGCAGGAGAGAGGUGCCCCCUCCAGGGCGCCCACCGAACGCAGGCACCAGCACUCCCAGUCCCACUUCACCUUCAGCGGCCAGUGUGCCACCCCAGCCAGGCCCACAGCGGCCAGCCAAGCCCAAACAUGCCCAGCCCCAGGAACCUUCAUACCCGAGCAAGCGCCUCAGUAUCUUGGAGGAAGAAGACCCUCAGCACCACCCACUGACCCCUCACCUUCCGGUUGCUUCCCCAGCUGCCCCCACCUGGAAGUGCCCUAGCUGCUCAUUGCCCAACCCAGGUAGCUCAUCUAAGUGCGAGGCCUGCCGAUCAUCGCGGGCUGGUGCUGACCUCAUUGACCUUGUAGGCUGUGAGACGGUACGAUUUACCCCGGCCAGCCCCUCCAGCCCGGACUUUAGCACCUGGGCCUGCUCCAAGUGCACCCUGCGCAACCCUACUGGUGCACCCAAGUGCUCAGCCUGUGGUUCUUCCAAGCUUCAUGGCUUUCAGGAGCAGCAGCCGCCCCUGCCCCGCUGCUGUACACACUGUGGCCUCCCAUCGGGGUCUGGUACUGCAUCAUGCUCCUGUACACCUUCUUCUUCUUCAUCCUCCUCGGGUCAUAAAACACGGAAACAGAUCCGGAGCUUCCCUUCCUCCUCCUCUGCUAUCGCUGCUUCCAACUCCUCUUCGUCCUCCACCUCAGUGAGCCUUCAAGAGAAGGUGGGACAGUGGAGCUGCCCAGCAUGUACUCUGCUCAAUGACAUCAAGGCCAAGAACUGUGCAGCGUGCCACACGCCCCAGCAGUACCUCACCCUUCGCAAAGUGGUGAAGCCUCUGAAGAGAAGGGAGAGUAUGCAUGUAGAGGCCCGUCGACGAAAUGACGAGGGCGAGGCCAAGGAGCUGUGGGAGAACAUCGUCAGCUUCUGCAGAGAGAACGCUGUGAACUUUGUGGAUGACAGUUUCCCCCCGGGACCUCGCUCCGUGGGAUUCCCAGAGGGCGACAGCGUCCAGCAGCGAAUCAAAAAAUGGCUGCGCCCCCACGAGAUCAACUGCAGCAACUUCAAAGACCGAGGCGUCAAGUGGUCCGUCUUCCGCACGCCACGGCCCUCCGACAUCCUGCAAGGCCUGCUCGGAAACUGCUGGUUCCUGAGCGCGCUGGCGGUGCUGGCGGAACGUCCAGAGCUGGUGGAGAGGGUGAUGAUCACCAGGACCAUCUGCCCAGAGGGGGCCUACCAAGUUCGGUUAUGUAAAGACGGGACGUGGACGACUGUGCUGGUGGACGACAUGCUGCCCUGCGAUGAUUAUGGCUACCUCCUCUUCUCCCAGGCCCAAAGGAAGCAGUUAUGGGUGGCGCUGAUUGAGAAGGCCCUGGCCAAACUCCAUGGCUCCUACUUUGCCCUGCAGGCAGGGCGCGCCAUCGAGGGUCUGGCCACGCUGACGGGGGCUCCCUGUGACUCACUCAUGCUCCAGGUCAGCUCCACCAACCCCCGGGAGGAACCUAUUGAUACAGACCUCAUCUGGGCCAAGAUGCUCAGCUCCAAAGAGGCUGGGUUUCUGAUGGGUGCAUCUUGCGGAGGAGGCAACAUGAAGGUAGACGAUGUUGUCUAUGAGUCUCUGGGUCUGAGGCCUCGACAUGCGUAUUCCAUCUUGGACGUACGAGAUGUCCAGGGUUACAGGUUGCUGCGGCUGCGUAACCCGUGGGGUCGCUUCUCGUGGAACGGCAGCUGGUCGGAUGAAUGGACAGACUGGCCACAACACCUGCGGCAUGAGCUCAUGGCUCAUGGCAGCAGUGAGGGCGUCUUCUGGAUGGAAUACACCGACUUCAUAAAGUACUUUGACUCGGUGGACAUCUGUAAGAUCCACUCAGACUGGCAGGAGGUGAGGCUGCAGGGCUGCUUCCCCAGCAAAGCCAGCGGGCCGGUCACUGUCACAGCCCUCACUGUGCUGGAGAGGACGGCACUGGAGUUUGCUCUCUUCCAGGAGGGAAGCAGGCGUUCAGACACAGCCGACAGCCACCUGCUGGACCUGUGCAUCAUGGUGUUUCGCGCCUCCUUCGGCAGCGGCAACAAGCUGACCCUGGGCCGCCUAUUGGCCCACAGCAAGCGAGCGGUGAAGAAGUUUGUCGGCUGCGAUGUGAUGCUGGAGCCGGGGGAAUACGCUGUUGUCUGCUGCGCCUUCAACCACUGGCAGAUGAAUGUCAGCGCGACAGGAGGUCCAGCAACACCUAUCUCCAGCCCUACCAGUGGAGCAGCACGGCGGCCCAGCCAGGACUUCCCCGGCUACAUCCUCGCCAUCUAUAGCUCCAGACAGGUGAUGGUGGAGCAGGUUGAGGCGACCGCCACCACGCUGGCCGAUGCCAUCAUACUCCUCACGGAAAACAAAGGGGAAAGACACGAGGGCCGUGAAGGCAUGACGUGCUACUACCUGACCCACGGCUGGGCGGGGCUCAUCGUGGUGGUGGAGAACCGCCACCCCAAAUACUACCUCCACGUCUCCUGCGACUGCACUGACAGCUUCAACGUGGUGUCCACACGCGGCAGCCUCAAGACCAUCGACAGCGUACCGCCUUUGCACAGGCAGGUGCUGGUUGUGCUUUCACAGCUGGAAGGAAACGCUGGCUUCUCCAUCACACACCGCCUGGCUCAUCGCAAGGCAGCCCAGGCCUCUUUGGGAGACUGGACCCCCACUAAAGCCACCCACAGCCCGCAGCUCACCCCGGACAUUGAUGGCCUGCACCGGCCCAGGCCACUAUGACCACC